AUGCUAAUAUCUAAGACUACGAUUCAACUUGGUAACUUUUCAAGAAGACUAAGUAUUAUAUCAAAAUUCAAACCCUCCUCCAAAAACGAUAUCUCCAGAGAUGUUUCUGAUAGCAAUAAACCAACUGGAACAGGAAGGGGACCAUUUAUAGAACUUCCUCAUUUCAAGCCAUUGGGGAGUCCCAGUAACUUAUUAAGCGUAACUUUGCCACAGCAUUCAAGAUUGAAUAUCAGAGAAGGUUCUAUAGUAGCUGUAAAUGGUAAUAUAGAUGGACUUGCAACUAAUCGGAAAUCACUCACCACGCAUACCCCCUAUAGGGAGUUGCUGUCUGAGUCAUCUGUAUCUUUAGUGAUAAGUGGACAGAAAUACAACUACUCUAUGAUAUCAAUAGAUAAAAAAGAUGAGGAAUGGCUUAUUUUAGAUGAUCAAAACAUAAUUGCAUGGACUGGAUUCAAUUUUGAAUUGUCUCCGGUGUCACUUUACAAGAGGUUCAAAAGCUUUCAAACAAAAGGGAAAGGUGUCAUAGUAGUCAAUGGAUCUAAUCAACUAUUUGACAUUACGCUUGAUCUGGAAGAAGAACUUCUUUUGAAUCCGACUUCAUUGAUAGCGACAAAUAGUCGUCCAGAGUUAGAAAUUUUACAAACAAAGGGCUUUUUUCGAAGAAUAUUUCUGCUUCCAGAGGGUUCGAUGCAUUCUUUCAUCUCUAGAAUUCGCUCGGUUGAACUUCCAAAACUCUCUUUACCGGUUCCACGCAGGUUCUUAGAUCGAUUAUCAAAACAUUUAGCUUCGUGGAGCCCCAAAGAGUACAACUAUCCGGAAGCACUUAAGAAAACCAAGCCCAUCUUUAUAUUUAUGGGAAGUCUAAUCUCUUGGGCAAGGUUGAGAAUUGUGAAUAGGUUAGCACAUCAUAGUGCAGUAUUCUUGAAAAUAAAGGGCCCUGCAAAGCUCCUUGUGCACAACAGCAGGGCAGUUCCAAACCAAAAAUUCUUCACAGAACAAGAAAUCGAGGCCAUAUUUUCUUCUAAAGGUAAGCUAUGA